AUGACUAAGUCCGUGUUGGAUGGUUUUCAUGCUCCCCCUAAAGAUCUCCUUGAUGAGGAGACAGUAUUUAGCCUGGAGGAUAGCUUGGAUGGACUUCCUCUUACACCAUCUAGCAGAAAAAAUGAUGUUGACUCCGAACUGUCACUUCCGGGAACGUCUUUGGGCUCUCAAAGCCUGUCGGGCUAUAGGCGUGAUUCUCGCAUCAAACCUGAGACCAUGCUUUCUCGGGUCAGCGCUUUUGCUGACGUUUCUGAGGAUAUAACGCUUGAGCAGCUUUUUGAGUACGCUUGGCCCGAAGAAGUGCCACCAGACACUAAAAAUGGACCAACCUACUAUGUUAUCCAGGAGUUGCUAGCCGACUUUUUAAAGGUCAAGUCUUUCAAGCGGCGUUAUCCAGAGCUUCAGCGUCGUGUUUGCGACGCUUAUGAACGUACAUGGCUUCAGGAAGCCGGUCUUGUUCCUUCUGGUCGCGCAGAGCUUGGACUUACCGCCCUCCUUAGUGACGAAGUGAUGUCCCUUCUUCGAAACGACUUUCCUGAAGUUCACGUUGUAGUUAGCGAUCUCUUCCGGCAGCGCCGGUUCCAACGCCUUGCUGAUCACCAAAAGCGCCAAUACGAGGCCGCUCGAAUUGGUCGGGGCGAGGCCCGUGCCGAGUUAGCUCGGAAGCGAGCUCUAGAAUCAGCCUCUGACUUCAAUAGACAGUUGGUCGCCGAACGUCACAAGGAGCGUCGGUGCUAUUGGGACCUUCAAACGAUGCAAAUUCAUGUCCCUCAGUGGCCCUACCGUCUGCUAGAACCGCCGCCACAUAAGAACGGUUUCUACCCCGUAGCCGUGAUUCCGGGACAGUUCACCGAGCACUUUGUUGACUUUUCUGCAUCCGAACUGGCCUACAUGCCGCUGUCAAAGGCCCUGUACACUCUGCCACCGCAUCUACAAAGCAAGCGUGCGCUUAGACCUCCACCGCCACUUCCCACGAUGCUGAGAUACGGGAAUCUGACUGGUAUCCCUCGACCGCAAGAUGGUGGAGAUGAGGGGACUUCACGAACACUGCAGGAGGCAAAUCAGUUGGAUAAUAGUUCAACUACCAAACCAGAGUCGGCCGCCACUCUCGAAUGCACUGCGCCCAAAGACAGUGAGGGACCGGCAGUAAAGAAAACAAAAAGAGAGGAGGAUGAAGAUGAGGUCAUCGAUGCAAAGGUUGAUCAACCCGAGGAGGAGGAGGCCGAAGUGGAGGAGAAGGGUCCUCCCUGUACUGUCUGCGGUCGACCAGCCGCCGAUCCAUUGCGCUGUUCUCAGUGCACCAGACAGGGUCAUCCGCGGUGUCUCGAGUUGCCAGAGCACAUGGUGGAUGUUGUGAGAACAUAUGCAUGGUCUUGCAUGGAGUGCAAGCAGUGCGUGGAAUGCGAGGACACUGGAGACGAGGGACAGAUGAUGUUUUGCGACCGCUGUGACCGUGGUUAUCACGCCUACUGCGUAGGUCUGCGUGGUAUCCCCGAGGGUAACUGGGAGUGUCCCACCUGUGACCCUACCUCUGCUCGUCCUCCGCCCAAUCGAUCUCCCUCUCCUCCGCCUUCCAAACGUGUCUCUCUACGACGUCGUGCCAGUCUCAAACGCGCCUCUCCUGUUGUCGUUGUGGUGCCCAUCGACAGCGCAGUAGCCGGUAGCAAUGCAGCUGCAACACCAAAACGGAGGGGCCGACCACCAAAGAAGGUGGAUCCGGCGUCAGGAAAGGCAGCAAACACCUCCACCAACGCGACAGCAGUGGCGAAGGUUAGCAACAACACCUUUCAUUUUGCUCUGCUGGAUGCCGUUGACAUUGACAACGAGGGGCUUUGGUCCUCCUCCUAUCUGCAAUUGGAGACCUGUGAACCGCGCAGGGAGAUGGGAGAGUGGUGUGAGUGGGGUGAGUGGGAGCCCUGUGAAUUUUCCACCUGCACACGAACCCGAAAACGCGUUUGCGCCUGCCCCACUCCUGCUGACUGGACGAGUGGCGCUUGUGCCACUGUCCUCCCACAAGACGACAUUCGAGUUGGUGAUACUCUGAAAACGCAUACACGUUUUGUGCGUAAUAGUCAAGCGGGUCGAUGUAUAAUACCCUUCUUCGUGGGAGGAAGAUACUAUGGUGAUUGCGAGCAAAUUGGUAGCUCUAUAGGCCCCCAGUGUUUGGCAACCGUUGGUAAAAAGCGUGUAAAAGCGAAGUGUUUUCCAGAAGUUAAGUCAAUGGAGGAACGAGAUGUUGGUCCUUGUGAUGACUGGCGCUUGGCGCAAGGAUGGUCACAGACAGGAAUCCCGGAACGCGCCAGGACCAUAAUAAGCGCGCAUUCAGAUGUUGGCAAACAGUGCUACAAUCCCAAAUUAUUCUACGUUCAGACGGGCACACUUGAACCCUGUCGCGAGAAGUAUUACUUUUCGGAGUCGGGACAACGCAAUGUCUACUCCAAUCUGAACAACUUGGCAUUCAGCCUGGAGAACUGCAAAUUCGCCUGUGCCAUCGACCCCAAAUGCGUAGCUGUGGAGUUCGCAGAGGGCUUCUUCUGCAAUCUACUGACCAUCUUUGAGAAUGAUAAGCUGGCACGCCAGGUGGGCACUACGACGCUCACCAAGCCGACAGCCUGUGUCAAAAAACAGCUCUUCGUAGAUCCCGUUGGCUACCCCUACGGGCUGGCAUUGGAGGACCUCUAUGCCGGUGUGGUCUAA